AUGGUAAAGGGAGGGAAGGUUAAUAGCAAAGGUGGUUUUAGGAAAAGGGUUAGGUCAAAGGGGGGUGGUUCGGAUGAUUCCGAUGAGGAUUAUGUGGUUUCGGAUGAUGCGGGGAAUGUGUCUGAUUGUGGUGAGGAUGAUUGUUUUUCUUUAGAUGGAUGUGCGGCGGAGGAUAGUUUUGAUGGCUUUAUAGAAGAUGAGGAUGUGGACGAGGUGGAGAUUCGAGGGGUGGUGAAAUUUAAUGGAUCGAGGGGUAAAACCGGUGUGAGGCGUCCGGGGAAGAAUGUGAGUAAAACUGCGCGGAAGAGACAGAGGAUUGAAUAUGCAGAAGAACUAGAUGAGGAAGAAGAAGAAGAAGAAGAAGAAGUAGAAGAAGAAGAUGAUGAAGAUUAUGAUGAAGAAGAAGAGGAGGAAGACGAAGAAGAAAAAGAAGUGGAAGAAGUAGAGGUAGAAGAAGAAGAAGAAGAAGAAGAAGAAGAAGAAGAAAAAGAAGAAGAAGAAAAAGAAGUGGAAGAGGUAGAUGGAAAUGACGAGGAUGAGGAUUUCAAUUAUGAUGAUGACGAAUUUAUACCUGAUGAAGAAGAUUACACAGAUGAGGAGGAAGAAGAAAGAAGGGGCGGGAAGAAGAAAAAAGAGGAUUUUAAUUAUGAAGAUGAAGAAUUUAUACUAAUGGAAGAAGAAAGAAGGGGAAGGAAGAAGAAAAAGGAGGAUUUCAAUGAUGAAGAUGAUGAAUUUGUACCAACGGAAGAAGAAAGAAGGGGCAGGAGGAAGAAAAAGGAGGAUUUCAAUUAUGAAGAUGAGGAAUUUAUACCAACGGAAGAAGAUUACACGGAUGAGGAAGAAGAAGAAAUGAGGGGAAUAACGAAGAAAAAUAAUGGCAUUAAAAUGGGCAAGAAGAACACUUUGAAGAAAAGGGUUUCUGCAGCUUCUAGCAGAUGUCGAAAAAGGAGUGGUUCUAGAGUUUCAAAGAAGCCUAAGAGAAAGAGAAGAGGAAAGAGUGAAGGAUCAAGGAGGAAAGUAAAGUGUGAAGAUGCAGACGAUUUUUGGGAUAAUGGACCCGCCAUCAGAACAAAUAGCAGAAAGAAAUCGGGCCAGAAAAGGAGAAGGGUUCUCGUUGAAGAUGCCAAUUCCUGUUCAGAUUGUGAGACUAGACCAUCUGAUUAUGAGUUUACUAUUUCUGAAGAAGAAAAAGAACAGGUGAGAGAAGCCAAGGAGUUGUGCGGAAAUAUAAGAAGAAACUUGAGGAGAGCUUCUCUUCGAAUGAAAAAUGAAGAGGUUGAAAUACAUGAAGAUCUACAUCAGCAACGGAAGCCUCCAGCACAGAAGGGUAAGGAAAAGAUAGAGGAAUCUCAAGGAAGAAAGGGUAAGGAAAAAGUCGAGGAGUUAAAAAUCGAGGUGACAAAGCAGGUUGAAUCUCGCUGCCCUCUGUGUAAGCAGAGAUUCAAAACAAUCAGUAAGCCCGCACGAUCAACAACAGCACAAGAAGCAGUGAUACAAGUGCCGGAACGUGAUCAGGUUUAUCAGCCAACUGAAGAAGAACUGAGGAGUUACAUUGAUCCAUACGAGUCCGUUAUUUGUUCAGAGUGCAAUCUAGGUGGAGAUGAUGCCCUCAUGCUACUCUGUGAUAUAUGUGAUUCUCCUGCGCAUACUUAUUGUGUUGGUUUGGGGAGAGAAGUACCUGAAGGUAAUUGGUACUGUGAUGGUUGUAGACCAGUUGCUUUGGCAUCUUUAAACUCCCAAGCUCAAGAACGCGGUGCUGAUUUAAGAGCUACUACCCAAAGCCAGCCUUCCAGACCAUCGCCUGUUCAUAUACGAGAAAGUAUAGACCUGAACUUGAUGUCAUCACCCUAUCCAUCGUUUGGUCAAGGGUUUGGGCAUCUUUCAUCCUCUAGAUUUUCGGGCAGAAGUGCCGAAGGUGCUUCUCCGAUGUCUGGUGGCGGGGCACCAACUGUAUCAGAGAGACGACGGAUACACCGUCAAAUUCAGCAGCUACGAUCAAUGGAUAGAAUGACUUAUACAACCGGCAGAGUUAACAAUGUUUCAGCUACCAGUACAAUAAGUAACUUGCAUAGCUCUCAAAUCGAUCAAACUAGGGAGCCAACUUCUCAAUAUACAAUGGCACAGGAUGUAGGAACAUCCUAUCACACAUUUUUUGAGGAAAGAUUAGGCAACAACAUCUCUCCACUAAUGCAGAAUGGAGAUCACUUCUCCACAAGAAUAAGCAAUUCAAUAAGGUCAGUGGUUCAGGAUUCAACCAUGUUUUCCAACGGGGCUAUGAACACAGUUAUAUGGCCUGGAUUUUCGGGGACACGCACGUUAUCAGAUAUUGAACCAAUCCACCCGUUCAGCAGCAGAUCAAACAUUGUCACCGAGCGUAGUAAUAUUCCUCCAACUAUCAUAGAAGAAGAUAACUUGCACAUUGUAAAGGAGCAAUUGCAGUCAAUGGUUAAAAGCCAUCUGAAGAGAUUGUCAAAAGAUACUGAUUUGGAUUAUAGUACAUUCAAAGACAUUGCGAGGAGUUCUACACAUACAAUACUUGCUGCUUGUGGACUCGAGCACAAGACGAGCGAGGUUUGUACGGUGCCUCCACCAUCCGUCUGUCCCCACAUUGAAUUAAUUGCUGGUGGACAAACGAGUAUGAUUAAGGGUUGCUGCUCCUCUUGUUUUGAUUCUUUUGUAGGAGAUGUGGUUAAAAGGAUUUUGGACACAAGAAUGUCUUCGCAGUGGUUAAGGUUAGGAAUUUAG